AUGGAUAAUGAUAAGUACGUUUCUCCCCUUUCUACUCGAUAUGUUUCGAACGAAAUGAAUGCGAACUUCGGAAGCCACAAGAAAUUCUCUUCUUGGAGACAGCUUUGGACUUGGCUCGCUCAGGCCGAGCACGAGCUUGGAAUAGAAAGCGUUAGUUUGGAGCAAGUGGAACAGCUGCGCGCCAAUAUCCACAAGAUCGACUAUGAAAUGGCUGCAAAGGAGGAGAAACUCCGCCGCCACGAUGUGAUGGCGCAUGUGCACACUUUUGGGGCGGGUGUCGCCGCGCCGCUUGCAGCUCCGAUCAUUCAUCUUGGGGCGACAAGCUGUUUCGUCGGCGACAACGCAGACUGCAUCAUCAUGCGCGAUGCUCUCGACAUUCUCAUUCCAAAGAUUGCCACUUGCAUUGACAGACUGUCGAAGUUCGCUAACGAGUACAGACAUCUUCCUACUCUUGGCUUCACUCAUCUCCAGCCUGCUCAAAUGACAACUGUCGGGAAGCGCGCGUGUCUUUGGCUUCAAGACAUGAUCAGUGAUCUGUCAAACCUAAAACGUGUUCGCGACUCGCUCCGUUUCCGCGGAGUUAAAGGCACAACUGGAACACAAGGAAGCUUCUUGGAACUCUUUGCUGGCGAUCAUGAGAAGGUUCGGCAGCUGGACGCGCGGCUCACAGAAUUGGCCGGCUUCAAAUCCCAUUAUUUGAUCACUGGGCAGACUUAUCCGCGAAAACAGGACGCGCAUGUUAUCAACGCGUUGGCGGAAUUCGCCGCUAGUGCUCAUAAGAUGGCAUCAGACAUUCGUCUCUUGGCAUCGAUGAAGGAACUGGAAGAACCCUUCGAGAAGAAGCAAAUCGGAUCAUCAGCGAUGCCUUACAAGCGGAACCCAAUGCGAUCCGAGAGAUGCUGCGGUCUGGCUCGCCACUUGCUCACUUUGCCGAAUGCUGCGCUACAAACAAUCUCCGUGCAGUGGAUGGAGCGCACUCUCGAUGAUUCGGCCGCGCGGAGACUUUAUCUUCCUGAAGCAUUUCUCACGGCGGACGCGAUUGCAAUUUUGCUUCAAAAUAUCACCGAAGGAUUAGUUGUCUACCCGAAAGUAAUCGAAAAACACGUAAAAGAAGAGUUGCCCUUUAUGGCAGCGGAAAAUAUCCUGAUGGCUGUCGUAAAAGCAGGUGGCAGUCGCCAAGAAGCCCACGAAAAAUUCCGAGUUUUGUCCCAAGAGGCAGGCGCGCGCGUCAAGAACGAGGGCGCCGAGAAUGAUUUGAUCCACAGGAUUCGUCAAUGCGACUUUUUGCGUCCAUUCACCAGCAGCUUGACUCAUUACUCGACCCGGCAACGUUUAUCGGCAGAGCGCCAGAACAAGUCGAAGAGUUUAUCGAAGCAGAGGUGA